CUUUUAUACCAAGGAACGGCACCGUCUGUUCCACGGCGAGCGAGCAUAUUUCAGUCGAGCGCCCCUGGCUUUACCACCGAACUCUGAUCCCGAGCGGCCGCUAUGGUGCUUCAUCGAUUCUGACACCGAGCUUCGCUCUCCUCCUGCGCUACUCGUUGGCCAUGGCAGCGCUCAUUUCCCUGUGCAAGCUAGCUCACCGAAGGCUGAUCGGUACCAAUCUUGGACCAAACAACGCAUAACCGUAGUUUGGGGUAUGCCCCUGUGGAAUGAAAGGGAUCCUCAGGCGGGGCGCGUCCCCUCAUGUUCCUCAUGAACCCUCUACUAACCUGUUCAUGCUUUCAGCCUCAAGCUGCAUGGACAAUAUCCUCCACUCCUCGAAGCUUUACAGAGCGCGUUGGUCAAUCCUCCUGAUCCGAACGCGUUCGAAGACGUCGCAGGCUUGAAGCAAGCUUGCGAAAUAUCACAGAAGUGCACGUUCCCAGAAGACCUGCCUACUCGCGAUCGUGCUGUGAGCGUACUCGAGGAAUUGUUGCGUCUCCGUAUGCAAUAUUACGGCGAAGCCCCUCGCGAUGUCUACAACGCCAUUUUUUUACCAGUCGUACGCCGAUAAGCGAAUCCAGAACGCGCUAGCGCAGUUAUCACUAGACGGCCUUGUAACGGCUAUGCAAGUGGUAGCGACUUCCGACUUGACGACGCACACUCUGGACCUUUCGCACGUGCUUGUGUCAUUUGCUGUUCGUCACGCCACAUCGUCCACCGAUGACGAUCGGUUCAUGCCCAAGUUCAAGUCGAGCGAAAUCGGUCAGCAGACGAUCAAACAAUACGGAUAUUUGCAACACAGGGAAGCCAAACGCCUAUUCAACGUCUAUGUGGGAAAUCCUCCAACGUCAGUGACUGGAGGCUGGAUUUUCGAAGGCCUCGUUCACAGCGUUCUAUGCGGCCAGAGCUCCGCCAGUAAUCUUCGCGGUCCCCUGCUCACCAUGAAGAGGGAGGGAAGUCGUACAGCUCCAAAAUUCGUCACCCAAGAGAAUAGCGAUGCAGAUGCGCCCCGACACUUGCCCCUUGGCCGUAGAUCAUUUACGGUCGUCGAUUUUGGCGAGAAAGCGUUUGCAUCCGCGUUCAUCAACAACAUCGAAAACCAGUCUUGUGUACCCAAAACUAAGAACAACCCGCUCUUCGACUCCUUCUUUGUAGAGCUGAAGACAGAUCCGGACACCGCCGUUGUGUGGAUCUUCCAAAUAACGACCGCCGAGGCUCACGGAGGCUCACCCCGCGGGUACCCGUUAAUCAAGGCUAUCUGAGAUGCUGUGGCUGCCCGUGCUCUUGUCAAAUUAUACUACGUCCUCGUUUGCCUCGGACCCGAGCGGACAGUGUCUUGGAAGAUGCCCGAAGGAUGGCAAAACUAUGAGGGAGACGUCUUCUGCCAGUUUAUCGACUUUUCGGUAUGUUGUCAC